ACCUCAAUGUUUUGUAUUAAGACCAUUAAGCACAGAUUGUGGUUUUAAUAGUUUUAAUAAUUGAUAAAUAUGUCUAAAAAAAAUAACGAAGUAAUUAAAAAUGAGAACACAGUGCAAGCUAUCGUAAUUGCGGAUACAUUUGGUGAUGAAUUUGUACCAAUUUCGAAUGAUAUACCACAUGCCCUUUUGCCACUAAUUAAUAAGCCAUUAAUAGAUUACACACUGGAAUUUCUCUCGCUUGGUGGUAUCGAGGAAACUUUUUUAUUUUGUUGUACACAUGUGGACGACAUUAAAGAUCACAUAAAUAAAAGUGUUAAAAAUAAUGAGGUGUGGACAUUAACUAUGAAAGUCAAUAUAAUUGUAUCUGAAUCCUGUCGCUCUUUUGGCGACUGUCUGCGUGAUUUAGAUGCCAAAGGACUUUUGAGGGGAAACUUUGUCUUAUUAGAACCUGGCACAAUUUCAAAUAUUCAGCUGCUGCCUCUGAUAAAGAAACAUAAUGAGCUUACUAAAGUAGAUAAAGGCGCCGCUAUGACAGUUGUAUUUCAAGAAGCAGGCAUUAAUCAUAUUAGUCGAUGUCCCCAGGAAGAAGUUUUAAUUGCAGUUAAUUCUCAAAAAAGAAUUCUGUCCUAUAAAAAGAUGUGGAAAAACAGAGAGAGAAAAGUAGAUUUUCCACUAGAAAUAUUUUUGGAAAACCCUUGUGUGUCAUUGAUGCAUAAUUUAAAAGAUGCGCACAUAGCGAUAUGCUCUCCCUCUGUUCUGCCACUGUUUUCCGAUAAUUUCGAUUUUCAAACCAAGGACGAUUUCGUCAGAGGUUUAAUUAUGAACGAGGAGAUUUUGGGAAGCACGGUGUAUUGCCAUAUUUUAAAAGGCAGUCAGUACGGGGGUGCCGUGACUAGUUGGCGGAUGUAUCAAGCGCUGAGCCAAGAACUGAGACAAAAUUGGAUUUACCCAAUUGUCCCAUCUAGGAAAAGGAACAGAGCGUUAAAAAACAACGUUAUGGUUGGCGAAGGAACAGUUUUCGAUGAUUCGACGUUCCUGAACAAUGCUGUGCUGGGCGAACAUGUGUCCAUAGGUAAAAAUGUGAAGAUAGAAGAUGCCUUCGUAUUAUCGAAUUGUAAAAUCGAGGACAAUGUCAUAAUAACGCACAGUGUUGUCGGCCCAAGUUGCGUAAUUAAAGCAAAAAGUAAAGUGACCGCCGGUAGCAUCUUGGGAAAAGGUUGCGUUAUUGAAAAGGACACGUUUAUCGAGAACUCUUUGGUGCAGGCGAAUGAACCAGAAGAAUGCGGAAAUGGUGAUAAGUUAGGACGAAAAGCCUACCGGUUACGUAUAGAUGACGACGAAGAGGAAGACAGGAGCAUUGCGAUAUUGGCUAAAAAAAUGUCACGGCUACAUAUUCAAGAGGAAAAUUAUGAAUCCGAGUAUUAUUCAGAUGGCUUUAGCGACAGCGAAGCUGAUGGUUUGUCUUACACGCAGUCACCUGCCCCGGACGACACAAAACUGUUCUUCACUGAGGUAAUAGACAGCUUGACCAGAGGUUUUGAGGAUAACCUACUGUGCGACAAUCUUAUUCUCGAAAUCAAUUCGUCACGCUAUGCCUACAAUGUCACCGUUAAAGAGGUGAAUUUCAAUGUCAUAAAAGCUAUCUUGACUAUAUCAUUGCGACAUCCUAUUGGAGCUCAGUAUUUCUCUCACUUGUCUCGUUUGUUGUCAUACUUUGCUCCAGUCCUGAAAAACUAUAUACGUAACGAAUCUGCAAUGAUCGACUGUUUACAAGCUGUUGAGGACGUGGCUACCUCAAACGAGGAACUUAAAGAAAAAUGGGUGAUGUUUGUGUUGCAGUAUUUCUACGAUAAGGAUUAUGUAUCCGAGGACGCUAUUUUGGAUUGGUUUUCGACAUUGGAUCAAAAAGGUAAAUUUCACACGCAAGUGAAGCCAUUUACGGACUGGCUUCAAGAGGCCGAAGAGGCUUCUUCGUCCGAAAGUGAAGGGAGUGAUUAAAAUUUGUAUAUAUUUUAUACAUGUUAAUUUAAAUAAAUAUUUUUAUUUGGAU